AUGGCUGGAGGUAAACCCCGUGGUCUCAACGCCGCUAGAAAGCUGCGGACGAACCGCAAGGAUCAGAAAUGGGCCGACCUUCACUAUAAGAAGCGUGCUCUGGGCACUGCUUUCAAGUCGUCUCCUUUCGGUGGCUCUUCUCACGCCAAGGGCAUUGUUCUCGAGAAGGUUGGCGUUGAGGCCAAGCAACCCAACUCCGCUAUCCGAAAGUGCGUUCGUGUUCAGUUGAUCAAGAACGGCAAGAAAGUCACAGCUUUCGUCCCCAACGACGGUUGCCUCAACUUCGUCGACGAGAACGACGAGGUCCUCCUGGCCGGUUUCGGUCGCAAGGGCAAGGCCAAGGGUGAUAUUCCUGGUGUUCGCUUCAAGGUCGUGAAGGUUUCUGGUGUCGGUCUGCUCGCUUUGUGGAAGGAGAAGAAAGAGAAGCCCCGUUCUUAA